GUCGAUCCCGAUUUGCCCGUAUAUUACAGAUGGCUUUGUUUGGUAUCAAUAGCAGUUCUUUACAAUUUAAUUAUCAUUAUUGCUAGAUAUGUAUUUUGGGAGUUACAAAACAGCAAAUUAUCUUUAUGGAUAUGUUUGGAUUAUGUGUGUGACGUUAUCUAUUUGAUGGAUAUGUUUGUGCAGUUUAAAACAGGCAACUCAUAUCUCGAACAAGGCAUCAUCAUGACCGAAUCUAAAAUGAUGAAACAAAAUUACAUGAGUAAAGCUAUUUUCAAGAUUGAUAUCAUGAGUGUCAUUCCUACUGAUGUUCUAUAUUUUUUCGUGUCAACAAAUCUUGUGAUUAUCAGAUUGAAUAGAAUUUUAAGAUUUCACAGACUUACGGAAUUUUUUAAUAGAACGGAAUCUCAAAGCUCAAGACCAAAUCUAAUUCGUAUUUCAACAUUGAUGGCUUAUAUCAUAAUUAUUGUACACUGGAAUGCCUGCAUAUUUUUUCAGGUAAGUAACUGGCUAGGAUUUGGAUCGGACAACUGGGUUCAUCCAUCUGUGGAUCCAGUAGCUCCCGAUGGUACAUUCAAUCCCAAUUCAACUUUACUUCAUAUUUACUUAUUUUGCUUUUUCUGGUCAACUAUAACUCUAACAACAAUUGGGGAUUUGCCAGUACCUGAACGAAACGAAGAAUAUAUUUUUAUGAUUUUAGAUUUUCUGAUCGGAGUUUUUCUUUUUGUAUCAAUUGUUGGCAAGGUAGGAAGAAUGUUAACUAACAUGAAUGCAAACAGGUCUGAAUUUCAACAAAGAUUAGAUUCAGUCAAACGUUAUAUGGAAGUCAGAAAGGUUAACAAAGAAUUAGAAAAAAAAGUAGUCAAAUGGUUUGAUUAUUUGUGGAAUCAUAAUCACUCUUUAGAUGGAGAAGCAGCUUUAAAUAUUCUGCCAAGUAAAUUAAAAGCGGAAAUAGCAAUAAACGUCCAUUUAGGGAGUCUUAAAAGAGUUGCUAUAUUUAAAGAAUGUGAAAUUGGUCUUUUAGUCGAACUUGUUCUCAAACUGAAACAAACAGUUUUCAGUCCUGGUGAUUACGUAUGCCGAAAAGGAGAUAUAGGCAAAGAAUUGUAUAUUAUUAAAAAUGGAAAGCUGCAAGUAGUCGGCGAUGAUGAAUCUACUGUUUACGCGACUCUAGGUGAAGGGACUGUUUUCGGUGAAAUAAGUGUACUCAACAUAGCAGGAAACAAGAAUGGAAAUAGAAGAACAGCCAAUAUUCGAAGUUUAGGUUACUCUGACCUGUUUGUUUUGUCGAAAGAAGAGCUCUGGCAAUCACUUGAGGAAUAUCCAGAUGCAAGAAGUAUGCUUAUUGAAAAGGGAAGGCAAAUGCUUAGAAAAGAUAAUUUGUUAAACGAUGAGGUUUUCUUAUUUUUAUUCAUUUAA